AUGGCGGCGGAGGAGGGGCCCCCAGAGCUGUCAGUGCAGGAGGCAGCCAGCUGCUCCGUCUCCCCAAGCCUCAGCUCUGCUUUGCCCUUGAGGGACGUCACCGUCUCGGGGUUCACACCCUCAUCCGGCCUCUACACCCCAACCCCCCUGAGAACACAGCUGCCCCGAGACGGGCUUCAGGGUUGGUUCCUGUGUUUUGCAAAUUCCUGUCGUGACGGUUUCGUUCUCCAGGCCUGGCUUCCACGCUGGGGCCUCGGUUCUCGGCGCAGCUCGCCCAUGCUCAGCCCCAGGUUUGGGCGAGACUUCGCCGCCUGCCUGUCCUCUCACCAAAGCUGCUACCUGGGGCCUGAGGGAGGGGCUGCGGCGGCCCCUGCGGGUGGCAGCAGUGCGUCCCCUCGGCCCGUGUCUGUCCAGCUGCCGGCUGUGCAGGCGCUGGGGUCGGGGGCCUGGAGCCUGCAGAAGCUCCCGUCCUCCCGGCAGAUGGACACCCGCCUCAGGACGAGCUGCGCCGCGUUCACCGUUAACCUGGUCGGAAGGAGGGUCUCCCGCAGGGCGCUGCUGCGGCAGGAGGAGCCGGGGCCCGAGGCCCUGGACGCCCUGCGCAGGCUCUUCCUCAUCGUCUCGGCCACCAAGUACAACAGGAAACGCGGAGUGCCCGGACACGGUGGAGGUGGUGGAGUCCGUAAGAGGCAGCCGCAGAGCGAUGAUGCUGGCAGAGUGGACGGUCCCCUUCCCAGAUGUCGCUGGGCUCUCACGCCCACCUGGUUUGACUGGCAGGGCGACAGAAAGCAGGUCGGAAACGUGGGCCAGCGCGUCUUCAAAGUCCUCGAGAGCCGGCAGCCCGAGGGGCCGAGUCUGAGGCCCCUCCUCCCAGUCGUGUCCAAGGUCGCCAGCCUGGCCCCCGGCACCUUCCAUGAAGACCAGGCCAACCUGCUCAACAAGAGGCUGGUGGACUGGCUGCGCUACGUCAGCGUCCCGCAGGGGCUCCCCCACUCCUCCGGGGGCUUCUUCACGCCCCGGGCCCGGCAGCCGGGUCCUGUCACCGAGGUCGAUGGGGCCGUGGCCACGGAUUUCUUCACGGUGCUGUCCACGGCCCAGCGCUUCACCGAGGACCAGUGGCUGAACGGCCCAGCCUCCGGGACACGUGUGCCUCCUGUUGGGCCGCUCGAUGCUGGUGCAGAGGCCAGCCGCCUCUCUCUCUCCCCAGGAGCCCUGCGGAGGGCAGACUCGGACCUGCAGAAAGCCUGCCUGGUGGAGGCCGUGCUGGUGCUGGACGUGCUCUGCAGGCAGGACCCCUCCUUCCUGUACCGCACCCUCUCCUGCCUGAAGGCGCUGCAGGCGCGGCUUUGCGGGACCGACCCCGCCUGCGUGCGGGCGCUGCUGCCCCUCGCCCAGUUCUUCCUCAGCCACGGGGAGGCCGCCGCCAUGGACUCGGAGGCCAUGUGCCAGCACGUGUUCAGCAGGGUCCCGGCCGAGCACUUCCACAGCCCGAUGCUGGCCUUCGAGCUCGUCCAGUUCUGCAGGGACAGCCUGCCCCUGCUCGGCCGCAACCUCAGCACCCUCCGACGGAGCUUCCCCAGCCUCCUCAAGGCACGUGCGGGCGGGGCGGGGGCGCAGUGUCAGUGCCUCACAGGUGAAUGGCUGUCACCUGCUGCGUCCGAGAGGCCGCUCUGGGACGCCUCCCUCAGGACCACCAGCUGCCCGGAUACCUCCCAGGACCCGCAGCUCCAGGGCCUCCUCCAGCACCUGCUCUGUCCCCGGCUCCUCCCCAGGGGGCGAGCGGUUCUUUUAGGGGCCGGAACUGCCUUUAUGUCCCGGCUGACCCGCUCCCUCUCGCCCGGCCAUCCGUCCCCUCCUGGACAGAACCGAGAGCAGCAGCAGGUGUUCGCGAGGGGGGCUGAGUCUGCCUCUCGCUCUCGAUCUCAGUUCGCUGACGGGGCCCUGACCAACCAGCUGGCACGGCUGCUCCUGGAGAGAAGUGACUCGCUUUACCAGGUGCCAGGCUACGCGGCCCGCGUGCACCAGUACCUGGCGGUGAGCUGGGACCGGCGCUGCACCGUGGACCAGAUUAACAAGUUCUUCGAAGCCCUGGAGGCCCUGCUGUUCGAGGUCACCCAGUCCCGCCCCUCGGCCACCCUCCCCCAGUGUCCCCCGCAGCUCGUCACUGCGCUUAUGACCACGCUGACCAAGCUGGCCUCCCGCAGCCAAGACCUGAUCCCCAGGUACAGGGAAGCGGGAUGGGUAGGGAGAGGGACCGGCCGCUCCCCAGGAAGAAAGGAAAGUGGCUUGGGAGGCGUCCCAUCCCAGGGGCCGGGCACAGAUGAACAAGGCCCCGCCCCCUGGAGCUUUGGCCACACCCCCAGCCUGCACCCCACCAGCUGCCUCAGGGAGCUGAGCAUCAGCCUGCAAGGCGGCAGCCCUGGCUGA